AUGGGCAACACAGAUAAGCUGAUGAAUCAGAUAUUCGACCUGAAAUUCACGUCGAAAUCUCUGCAAAGGCAAUCAAGGAAGUGCGAGAAGGAAGAGAAGGCGGAGAAGCUCAAGGUGAAGAAGGCGAUUGAGAAAGGGAACAUGGAUGGAGCUCGGAUCUACGCCGAGAACGCGAUUCGUAAACGUAGCGAGCAGAUGAACUAUCUCCGUCUCGCUUCUCGUCUCGACGCUGUUGUUGCUCGGUUAGAUACUCAGGCUAAGAUGGCAACCAUCACCAAAUCUAUGACUAAUAUCGUCAAGUCUCUUGAGUCUUCUCUCGCCACAGGCAAUCUACAGAAGAUGUCAGAGACGAUGGAUUCAUUUGAGAAGCAGUUUGUGAACAUGGAGGUCCAAGCUGAGUUCAUGGAGAACGCCAUGGCUGGUUCAACAUCAUUGUCCACUCCAGAAGGCGACGUCAACAACCUGAUGCAGCAGGUAGCAGAUGACUACGGUCUUGAAGUCUCUGUUGGACUACCUCAGGCUGCUGGUCAUGCCAUCCCUACUGCGACAGAGGAGAAAGUUGAUGAGGAUGAUUUGACCAGGAGGCUUGCUGAGCUCAAGGCCAGAGGAUGAAUCAGCUAACCAACUACCAUGCUUGGUCCUUAUCAAAAUGUUACAGCUAUUAUCUGCCAACACUUGCGCAUUUGUGUAUAUUGCUCACUUUGAGACAUGCUUUUUUUACUAACUUUAUAUAAAACCUUCGUGUGUUU